AUGCUUGUCCUCCUACUGGGUUUUCUAGCCGUUGGCAGCUUUAGCGCACAGGAACGGUUUCGAACAAUUUUGAUAGAGCGUGCCUGUCGACAGCGUCCAUCUCUGCGAUUUUGCACUGAUUUUGAUCCACUUCCAACUGUACCUACGGAUAAUCCUAGCCCUAAACUGCUUGUAACACCGCCGCCAAUAGAAGCAGAUCCAAAAUCUCAGACAUCAACAGCUGCUACGGUCAUCACCUCAACGUUAUCCGAGAGAAAUCUUACAACUGGUGAAGUCGACUUCAACAAUUCUACGAAAAACGACGAACGACUUGGUAGUCUUCUUAGACUUCCAAAGCCUAAACAAGCCCAUGAGGAGUUUUCCGUUCCUCCAUCAGAGAUAUCAAGCUCAGCAUCUUCACCACAAAGCGAUGUUGUUCAGAGGAGUAGUACCACGGCUGGUAGCAUUGAGGAUGAGAAAUCGGUUAUGGUUUUCGUAAGUGAGUACUGUGUUGUACAUCGAGAGCGUUUUGUAAAAAAUUGUCAUGGAGAUGUUAACAAAGAUGAGCUCCUAUUCUGUAACUCGUAUCCAGCCGCUUGCUCCUCUACUGCCGGUGUCAUUCCAGUUGUUGCGUAUUGUCAGAGAUACUACAAGCAUUAUCCGAAGUUUUGUGCUGGAUCAAAGAUUGAGCAUGAUGUGUUACAGUUUUGUUUCGCGUUUGAGCAAUUCUGCCUUCCUGAACUCACUCCAGCGCAGCCGGUCACACGGCCACAAACUUCAAUACGUAAAUGUGAAGAUGUGGUCGCAGAGGCACGAAAAGUUUGCAAUCCAUUCCCACAUCCACGUGACACUUUUAAUGUGUUACGAGCAAUGAGCGAUGCUGAUGUGAAAAAACAUACAGUAGCCUCGUUGGGCAAUGUACCUGUAGGGAAAGACCAACAUGGAAAGGAUUUCUACAAAUUCUUUUUCACAAAUUAUCCGGAAGUUCGUAAAUAUUUCAAAGGUGCCGAGGAAUUCACCGCUGAUGACGUUCAGAAAAGUGAGAGAUUUGAUAAACAAGGAGAUGCGAUAUUGCUUUCUGUUCAUGUCCUCGCUAAUAUCUAUGACAACGAACCAGUGUUCCGUGCUUUCGUCCGUGAUAAUCUUAACAAACAUGCAAGCAGAGGAGUUGAACCCUCGCUGUGGAAGAAAGUGUGGACAAUCUGGAUGAAAUUCCUGGAGAGCAAAGGAACAACUCUAUCCGCUGAUCAAAAAACCGCAUGGGAAACGUUGGGCGACCGAUUCAAUGAGGAAACACAAGCGCAACUGGCCAAAUAUGGAUUACCUCACAUGGAAAUCUGA